AUGAAUUACAAUGCCACGUAUCUAAUGUUUUUAAUGCUCUGCUUGGUAUUGUCGGAGUACGAAGCGAACGAUAAAUCGAUUCUCUCAAGAAAACGACGUUACAUCGUUUUUCCCGAAGGUUCUACAUUUUCCGUCGCUCUUUGCCUGACGGUACACACCCUGACCCCGGACAACAUUUUCACGGAGGGUCUUAACUGGGGUAUCUCCUACGACCUACCUAACGAGAGCAAACCCGCCCUGGAGCCGUUCCUGCAGCUAAGGAACGAUAAACUUAAAACUGGCAACAAGCACGACCGUUACGGUUUCACUACACUCGCUAAUAGGAACGGCCCUCUGAAAUAUUCAGGAUGGAAUAACGACGUCAGGACACAUUUCGCGCCCAACGGAAAGAAGUACCACAAGUCGGAGUACUAUUACUUGCAAAGGAGGCACCGAAGGGAGCUUUACAACAAAUUGGAGAUUAUCAUGAAUGCAAUGGGCUUCGAUGGCAGAACAUGCAUUCUACGCGCACUUUGCGAAGCAUCUCAGCGAUUAAUGCCAAAAGGAAACACCUUGAUAGAAGAAAUGAUGCGGAUAUCAUUCUCGCUACCCUUAAAGAGGGUGUUCUCCUUCGAACCCGACGUGCAUCGCACGUACACUCAGGCACAUAAAGCCGGCCACGAGGGCAAGGACUGCGCCGCCAUGUUUCCCGAGUGCAGUUUCUCCCUCAUCGACUUGGCCCUCGGGAAAUAUAACGCACCCCCGUCCACCCCGAGCCCCGCAGAUCCCGCGGCCGGAACUUUCGGCAUGGAGGACGAGUCUGCCGCGGAUUGGUCGAGGUACAGCAUGAAGUAA